AGUAAGCAGGCUUGGACAUUGUGACAGAAACAGUUGUGAAGUCAGUUCCCAAGAGAGCUCUGUAUUUUUCACUUCUCACUUAGAUCUAAACUUGGAAACUUUUCUCAGAAGUUAAGUGUCCUUUGACCUCCUCUCUUCUGAAUUGCAGAAACCAGACCAGAUUUUGGUAUUUGGUAAAAUGACUUCUUGUGUUGCUGAAGAACCUAUUAAAAAGAUUGCCAUCUUCGGAGGGACUCAUGGAAAUGAACUGACUGGAGUGUUUCUAGUUACUCACUGGCUAAAGAAUGGCGCUGAAGUUCACAGAGCAGGGCUGGAAGUGAAGCCAUUCAUUACCAAUCCAAGAGCGGUGGAGAAGUGCACCAGAUACAUUGACUGUGACCUGAACCGUGUUUUUGACCUUGAAAAUCUUAGCAAAGAGAUGUCUGAAGAUUUGCCAUAUGAAGUGAGAAGGGCUCAAGAAAUAAAUCACUUAUUUGGUCCAAAAAAUAGUGAUGAUGCCUACGAUGUCGUUUUUGACCUUCACAACACUACUUCUAACAUGGGUUGCACUCUUAUUCUUGAGGAUUCCAGGAAUGACUUUUUAAUCCAGAUGUUUCACUAUAUUAAGACCUGCAUGGCUCCAUUACCCUGCUCUGUUUACCUCAUCGAGCAUCCUUCCUUCAAAUAUGCAACCACUCGUUCCAUUGCCAAGUAUCCUGUUGGUAUAGAAGUUGGUCCUCAGCCUCACGGUGUUCUGAGAGCUGAUAUUUUAGACCAAAUGAGAAGAAUGCUCAAGCACGCUCUUGAUUUUAUACAGCGUUUCAAUGAAGGUAAAGAAUUUCCCCCCUGUGCUAUUGAUGUCUAUAAAAUAGUGGAGAAAGUUGAUUAUCCAAGGAACGAAAGUGGAGACGUGGCUGCUGUUAUCCAUCCGAAUCUGCAGGAUGCUCAUACCCCUUCCCUCCUCUCUAAAGCCACAGCAGUCAUGUGAACAGCAUUUUUAUCCCAUAAUUUGGACCCCAAAGAACCCACAUUUAUGGAUUCAGUGUAUCUGUCAAAAAUACUAACAUUGAUGCUGGACAGUGGCUUAGUUGGUAAAGUGCUCAUCAUACAAGUACAGGAACCUAACUCAGUCCAUGGCACCCAGGUGAGAUACCAGGCACAGUGAAGUGCAGCUACAAUCCCAAUGCAGGGGAGAUGAAGACAAGCAGCUGGCGGGGGCUUGCUAGCUAGCCAUAUAGCCAAAUCGGCUAGCUCAAGACCCAGAGACUCUAUCAAAACUUAGUGGAGAGUAAUUGAUGAUACUUAGCAUGGGCCUCUUAUCUCCACAAAUGUCCACACAGAUAUGAGCUCAUACACACAAAAAUAAUCAUAAUAAUGCAUUAACUGGAAUAGAUACAGAUGUAGAUAGGAGUACUAAUAAAUGUCAGUGAUUCAUUGAGUGUCCAGUCUACACACAUAUACAUGCACACACACACAUGUACGGGCACACACACACACACAUUAUUCAUACAGACAUAAUCCCACUAAGCCAAUCUCACCCCAUAUACAUCUAUUUUGUGCCUUGCCAAAAUGAGUAAUUGAAAUAUAUUCUUCCUGCUGAAUGUCAUAGCUAACAUGUGACAUGUAAAUCAGCUUCUA